UUUUUUUUUUUUUUUUUUUAACAUCGGGGCCGGCCUCCGCCUUUUGCUCUUCAACAGGGAGCCGGAAGUGUCUGUGAAGGUGCUGGGCGACGCCGAGGGAGAGGCGGAACUUGGGGGCGCAUGCGCAGAGGCGGGGAGCGGUCGAGCCGGCUCUGGAGGAAGGUGGAGAGGGAAGGAAGCGGAGCGGCGGCGGCGGCGCCAUGAGGGCCGGGCGGGGGCUCCCACGCGUGCAGAGGUCUGAAGACCCCAACUGCUGACGGCUGCCUGUCAUGCUGGCCUGCCUGUCGGGACCAGGGGAUCUCUCCUUCCAGCUGCUUUCUUUCCCGCAGAUGAAUGCUGGACUUCAGAAAUGGGACACUACACAGAAGAUGAGAGCCGCACAGCACCCUACUCCAGCAGAGUUGGACGCGUAUGCUAAGAAGGUGGCCAACCAUCCUCUGACUAUCAAAAUUUUCCCCAACAGCGUCAAGGUUCCCCAACGGAAACACAUUCGUCGUACUGUGAACGGGCUGGACACUUCCGGGCAGAGGUACAGUCCUUACCCGCCUUCUCAGGCUGCUGUGAAAACCGGCCUCCUGGCCAUCGUCAGGUCCCCGGCCAAAGGCGUCGUCAAGGACUUUGACGGGACUCGCGUGCGCCUGCUGCCGGAAGCCAUGAUGAACCCCCCUUCCGCCCCCUACGCAGCACCAAGCACUUUAAGCCACCACCCGCAGGCGUUGGCCCGCCAGCAGGCGCUGCAGCACGCCCAGAGCAUGGCUCAGCACCCUCAGGGGAUCCCUUCAGCCAUCCAGCACCCGCAGCCUCUAGCCCACCCGGGCCUGCAGCAGCCGCCGCACCCCGCCAACCACUUGCUGCAGCAGCAGCAGCCCCCGCCACCGGUGGGCUUGCACGGGGGCAGGAAGGUCCCAGACGCCGACGCCCCCCCGAAUGUGACUGUGUCUACCUCAACCAUCCCCCUCUCCAUGGCCGCCACCCUGCAGCAGAACCAGCCCCCGGACUUGAGCAGCAUCGUGCACCAGAUCAACCAGUUCUGCCAGGCGCGAGCGGGCAUCAGCGCUACCUCAGUGUGCGAGGGACAGAUCGCCAACCCCAGCCCCAUCAGCCGCAACCUCCUGAUCAGCGCGAGCACCCGGGUGUCCGCUCACCACGGCCCCGCGCCCCUGCCUUCCUGCGUGGUGAACCCUGGCGAGCACGCCCCCCAUGCCGCCACCAUGCCGCCUGCCGCCGCCAUGGGCGCCCCCCUGGGGAGCAUGAGCAGGGGGGCCUCUUCUGCGUACCAAAGCGAAAUGAAGCAGCAGGUGGCCUGGAACCAGCACCAGCUGACCCACCUGCAGCAGAUGUGCGGGGAAGCGGUCGGGCCGAUGGGCAAGCCCCCCGCCCGAGAGCUAGGCGGGCCAGGGUUUCCCGGCAAGGCGCCGGGCUACGCCCUGGAACUGUGCAUGGGCCAGCCGUUCAACAUGAAGCCCCCCCUGGAGAAGCCGACCCCCUCGCCUCCUGUCAACGGCCUGCCCGGCCCCAUGCCCUACGCCAAUGGGCACUAUUUCCAGCCCUUGUGGAAUAACCUCCUGCCCACCCCCAACAGCGACAGCUCGGGCUCCCAGGACCUGGCCAUGCCUUUCCACGGUGGGGGGCAGCCUAUGGGGGCCGCCCUGGAGUGCGCGGCUGGACCUCACUACAGAGCCGGGGCCGGCGCCUCCAGCCAGAGCGCCAUGAUGCAGACGAUGGAAUACCUAAGCGGGGACUUCCAGCACUCCUGCCUCCGAGAGCAGGGCGGGAUGGUGCUUGGCAAAGCCCCCCGGCCCCCCAUGAACCGCGCCCCCGAGCCCUCCGAUAGCCGAAGCCUUCCGCUCCCAGGCUACAGAUAAGGCCGUGGCGGUCGCCGGCCAAGCGCGAGGGUUAGUCUUAAUUCGAAUUAAUAAGUGGGGGGAGGGGCUAUCUUUUUAACUUGCAAACUGACGUGAUCAUUGUUAGGAACUGCUGAACGGGAGGUCGGUCAUAGAGAGGUUCUGUGUGUCUGUAGCGUCUCCCGUCUAUCUGCUGCCUCCAGCUGCCGGCUUGUCCCGGUUCCAGAAUGCGUCCCUCUUAAUUUGACCCCGUCCUGUCCCCCCAACCCCCGCUGUUUCCCCAGCAUGGCUUCCUUGGCCAACCGGGUCAUUGCGAAGCUGCUGCAGGCGUCUGGCUUUUUCUCCGCAGGGCUCAGGCAGCUGAACCACUGAUCUCGCUUCCUCUUUCACAAAGGCAGCGGCGAGAGUCGAGCGCCCAGGCCUCCUUGGCCAGCAGAAGGGCUGCUGCUCAGCUCCAGAGCCCCCUUUGAGAGCCAGUGUGGUGUAAGUGGUUAAGAGCGGUGGACCGUAAUCCAGAGAACCAGGUUCGAUUCUCCACUCCUCUUCCGCAUGCAGCCACGGGUCAGCCACAGUUCUCGCAGAGCUGUUCUUUUCGAGAGUCAAGUUCUCUCAUAGAGCUCUCUCAACCCCACCUACCUCGCAUGGUGUCCGUUGUGGGGAGAGGAAGGGGAAAGAGGUUGUAAGCCACUCUGAGACUCCCGAGCAAAGGGCGGGGUAUAAAUCCAAUGUCUUCUUCUUUGAUAAUCUUGCCCCAUCGCCCCUUUCAGCUGCCUUCCACUGCUGCUUUGUAAAUGGGUUGAUAGGAGGUUUGGGGCUUCAGCCCUGCUAUGGGGGGGUGGUAGGUUGUACUCCAUGCCUGCACUGCUGCUUACACUGUCACCAUUUUAUCUCGGGGGGGGGGGUGGUUCACCGCCUCUACCACUGGCAAGUUUUCUGAAGCGCAGGAAGUGGAACUUUUGCCCCUUCUCGCCCCCUGCCCUGUACAAGCUGCCUCCAUGAUGGGGCUGAUUUCAAGAACUUAAUAAACCUCGAGUACCACAGGAAGUAUAGUAAUAUAACCCAAAAAACUGUGGGAAAAUAGCAAAAAAAAAAUAUUAUUAAAGACACAGUCAACAAUAUGAAAAA